AUAGGAUGGGAAGGAUGCGAUCGACCCCUCUUUAACAUAUACACGUUGGUCUUUGACAUGGACAUAUCGAAAUCUUUAGGUUACAAAGAUUUUAUAUGGGCAAUUGAAUUUAACCGUCUGGGUUUAAACUUUAUCGGUUUAUGGCCUAAAACUGAUGAAGUUGCUAAAAGCAGACUCGGCUCUGACAUUCGUGCGGGUUUUUCUUUCAUUAUGAUGGUUUUUGUCUCUGGUAUUCCUCUUGUACAUGCGCUUAUACGAGUUUGGGGCAAUAUGACGCUAAUGAUAGACAAUUUACGUAUCACAUUACCCAUUCUUACAAUUUGUUUACAAUUUAUUAUUAUGCGAUGGAAACAAACAGUCGUAGCAUCUAUCGUAAAAAUGAUAGCAGAAGAUUGGACAGCCACAAAAUUAAGCACGGAGAGAGACGUGAUGAUAAAACAAGCACGAAUUGCACGGUCAAUCGGAAUCACCGCAUACGCUAUAAUAGGAUCGGCAUUUGUCAUAAUAAUUUUUCCUUAUUUUGGCAUACAAAUUAGACAUUCAACAAAUCUUACGGAUCGUAACAAACCGUUACCGCUACAGACGUAUUACAUCUACGAUACCGAUAAGGAUCUGCAAUUUGUGCUGACGUUUCUCUGUCAAGUCAUACCUAUGCUUCUGGCAUUAAUAACUUACGUUGCGAUAAAUACAUUCUUAGCAUUUGUGAUUCUUCAUAUCUGCGGUCAGUUAGAGAAUUUCAAGUGUCGAAUAGACAAUUUGGUCUCGUGCAAAGACUUCGACAGAGCUCUGAGUAGCAAUAUAAUGAUUCAUUUACGUCUUAUCAAAUACGCCGGUAAUAUUGAAAAUACAUUUACAUUUGUAUUGUUUUUAUCGGUGGUCAUGUAUGGUGUCGUAUUUUGUCUAUGCGGAUUUGUAUUGCUUACUGUAAGUUUUAGUAAGACAUAAAUAUUUAGUUGGUGUAUGU